AGCAAAUCGAGCCUUGGAAAAGCAAGAAAAUAUGUAUUAAAUAGGGAGUUGUUGUCAGGCUCGACAGAGUCAAUACUUUCAAGUUUUUUUCGUCUGAGCGUAGGUACGAUGAAGUAGGUCGAAGUAAAACUCAUUUUAUGUAGUUAGUCGCACGUCCAGCCGUCGAAUCGAAGUGAGCAUACGAGAAGAUAAAACUCGGGAACUUAAAAAGGAAAAGCAUACUUUAGACUAACAUCAGUGAUAGCUAGACCAAGGACCACGGUGCUCAUAUAAGUAAGUGAUUAAGCUGCAAGACCCGAACACUUGGGCCGCGCAUCAAAAUGGCCGACGAGGGCCCCGACCCGGGGGAUGACGGCCUCCCCGUCGACGAGGAGGAGGAGAGCGAAAUCCCGCUGCUAAAACAGGACCACCCGCUGCUUGCGCGCGUCCAGCGCGCGCUGCUUGAGCAGCUCACUGCGCAGAAAGACCGCUUACGACUCCAGCUAGCCGAGAAACAGGAAGAACUGAAGAAACUUGUCGGGCAUAGAGAAAACAUAGGUACUGGUGUUCUUCGCGAUAACUAAGUAGCUAAACUUUCGAUAUCUUUAUCAUAGAAGAAGAAUGAAGGCCCAAUCUAUGUUGUAACACGAUAAUAUCUUGUUUCCAAGUUACUCACAUUUUUUCUCUGCGUAUUGUAGAUCUAUCAUCCGGCUUGCCACCAGGUGUGACCCUCUACCACGCGCAGCAGCAACUAGCGAAAUUGCAGCUGAACCAGGAGGAAAUACAAGACAAGUUUUCGACGAUAGUCCAAUCCAAGGAGGAUGAAAACCAGAAGCUCGAGUCAAUAACAGGGGAGUACUAGAAGUUAUACAUCAGCAUACGUCGAGUAUCUAUACACUGUUUAGUCUCACAAUAUCGCUUCUUAUUUAUUACUGUUUCAGCUGAGCAGAAAAGAUGUAACAAAAAACAUCAGAGUCUUAUCCUCCAAAAUCACCCAAGAAUAGCAAUAUUGUAGUAGUUUGAUUGCAGCGAGUUUUUUUUGUUACUUUCGCUUCACUCAGCUAUGAUCGUGCGAAGCGGGAGGUGGAUCAGCAGCUGAGGCAAGUGAAUAAAGCCCAGGACGAGUUGAACCAGCUGAAUACCACGCUGCGGCAAGUCGAAGAAUACAAUGAGCAGAUGAAAGGUGAAAUAGGUAUCACGCGGCGAGCCACUUACAAAGCCGAAGACGUCAUAAAGAAGAAAGAGAAGGUGAAGAAGCAACAGGAUCUCGUCAUCGACAAGUAUCAUCUAACAUUUGCAUUGGAUUUGUGAUUGGUUCUUCUGCUUUUCGCGACCUAAUGUACUGAAGGGGAAAUACACGAUUGCUUGGCAAUCGCUGCAUAGAUAUUAAAGCGAAGUUCGGUGACUGAAUGAAGGCGCAUCUUUACUACCUACAUAAUGUUGUUACUGUCCUUGAUGUCCAAAAUAAUUUACUCUCCUACGUCUCUCGCUUUUCCCAGGAUGAAUCAGGAGAUUCGAAAGCUGAAUGACUCAAAAGCUGUGUACGAGGCGCAAAUAGUAGCACAGAAGGCAGAAACGGCAGCGGCAUUGAAGACGCUGCAGGAGGCCGCCAAAGAAAUAGAAGCAGUUGCUUUCGAGAAAAAUCAGCUUUCUCUUCAAUGGCGUUCAUGCCUCAUCGGCAUCCAGAAGAGAGACGAAGCGUACUUCCUCACCCAUAAAUCUCUGCACAUUCAUCGUCUGGAAAUUCGUGUUCGAAUUAUUUUCUUAUCUCUCGCGCUCCUCCCUCCACCUGACGUUCUACUGUGAUCCCUGUUUGAAUGCGUUGUGAUUUUCAGCACCCUAAUCCUAGGCUGACGCCUAACCACCCUAUAAUGCCUUCGGAGACGCCGCCUCAUCAAACGCCGCCUCAAAUUGACACUUUCACAGCGCGCAAGAAGUGAUGGCAGCUACCAAUGCAGUGGAACAGAGGCAGAGUGAAAUUCAAAAUGAAAUUCGUGGUGUCCAGAAUAGUAUUCGAGAGGAGCAGGAGCAGAACGAAAAGCUGUCCACGAUGCAGGAACGGAAUAUGAAGGAAGUCCAAUUUCUUCAAUCCCAGAUGACAGUGGUAUGUGCCGCUAUAUCUCUGAUAAUAGAGCAACGCUUGUCUCUGUCGAAGACAUCGAUCAUCAUGCACCUUGAAAAAUUAUGUUUGCCGCUAGAGGGGUCGGGUGGUUCGCGUCCAAAUUCGUUUAUUUGCUUGCCACUUUAAGGGUCGUCCUCACGAAUCAAUCUUUGUUACAUCUUCAGGUGCGCGCCGAACGCGAACGGCUGGCGGGGCAUUAUAGCAUGCUGAAAAAAUCCUUAGAUCAUUCAGAGGUGGAGACCGCACAUUUCGAGACAGCAAUAGCUACGUGUCAGAACGAAAUUGACAUAUUAGACCAGAAGGUCACGCGAGUCACGCGGCAGAUAACCGAGACCUACAACAAAAUAGACCUCUUCGUCUCCGACCAAGUGACGAGUAAGCGAAACGAAGCCGGCGCCUUGAAGAAUAUCAAGAAGGUACAACUUCAUUGAAACUGAAUCAUGUGCUAUGUAGAAUACAUCGAUCAGUGCUACCGCCGAAUCAUAAUCUCUAAAAUAUCAUCGUCUCUUUUGUCAGACUGAAUUUCUAAUCUUUUUCGUAGGUCGCUAUGGAGGUUACGAAGAAGGAGGACGAGGCAGUCAAAGUGAAGAAUGAUGUCGCGAAAACGAAGAUGGACACCCUGAACACGAGGAGCAAACUGAGCGGACUUGCUUCUCGGAUAAAGGAGCUAGAGGGCGACAUCGAGCAGAGAAGUAAAACCAUAGCAGGUCAUGAGCUCGAGAUCAAGCAGCGGCAUCUUCAAAUAGAAAAGAAGCAGCUCUUCGUGGAUCGGUUGAACCGGGAGUACGACGACAAAAAACGAAGGCUAGAAGAGGAGCUCGGGGAAGCCGUCGAAGCCUCAGGGCCAUUAGAGGCCAAAAUAAAACAGCUCAGAAAACAGAUAGCGGAAAGAGGUACCUAUCUUUUUUUAUUCUUUCUUCAUGUGAUAGAGUUUAGUAAUUUGUUACGCGUGGUAAGUACCGGAAAAACGACACUCUGAGAGGGAUUCUAGACAGCUUGACCAAUUUCCAUCAAACGCCAUCCCAAUAGCCAACGCCUGCGGCUUUCAGCAGAAGGAGUGGCUGAAGAGGCAGCACAAAAUAUUAGAAGAACAGCAAAUAGCGGACAAGUUAAAGCAAACGAUUAGUGACGUCAAGCAGAAAAAGAUUAUCUUGGAGCAAAAGAAAGUAAUUCUAUAAGUUUUCCAUUCUAUUCUCAUUUCAUUCUACUGGCAAAGCUCUACUUCAUUCCUAAUCAAUUUCAAUCUAGAUCCCUCUGAUACCCUAUUAUUCUCAUAAAAAGAUGAUGUUUUACUCAUAAUUCUCUCCUACAAGAACUACAACUUGGAUCGAAACCCGUAGACCCGCAGCGACCGAGAAGUAGAGGUCGCGAUGAAAGAGGUGAAGCAGUUGGAGGCAUCGGUGAAGGAACUGAAACACGAUAUGGACCGUAUGAAUGCUGGCAUGGCAAAGUACGACGAACAGGCUGCGAAGCUCCAAAACGAUGCUGAAGUUGCGGAAAUGGAGUUCGUUGCAAAACUGAAGGGCAUCGAAUCAAGCUGCACCAAGAUGGAAUCCCACAUAGAAGCCAUAAAGAUGGAAAAAGAGCAGAUGGCGGAAGAAACGAUAGAAGCUGAAAAACAGGUACUUCCACUUAGGCUUAGCAGGUUUCCCAUGACGAUUUUAUUCUUAGAUAGCUGUCAAAAAGGUGAAGAUCGAAUCUUCCUUAGUUGAUCAGAAAAAUUUGUUUUUGAUUUACAAAAUUUUCAAUCAAUGUUGAAAUGAAGUCAUCAUUCAUCGUCGUUACUUUCGUACAAUUACUACGACGGACAGAUCAUGCUGUGGCAACGGAAGAUUCAUUUGGAGCAGGAGAUGCAACAGGCGUUAGAUCCAUCAGUUGGCGAGGUCGAGACCACUGCAAUGAAAAAGGAGAUUCAUAGGAUGAGCCUUCGAUUAGACCAGCUGAAGCGCCGGCAAGAACAGAUAAUCACGGAGAUGGAGAGGACAGUGCAAAAGCGGGAUGUUUAUGACUCCAGUUUUCAGUUACAUUUCUUUAUGUACUACGUUGCAUAGGCUUGAGUGAUUCUUUUAGUACUAUUAGGUUAAGAACAUAGAAGCAGAGCAACCACACAGGAGACACCAAAUCAGUUAUAUUGAUGUUUGAUGUGGUAGUCGUCCCUAGACCAACCUACGUGCAUGUUAUUCGCACAUUUGUGUAGAGUCCUGCUUCAUGUUUCGAUCCAGCUGAAAUUUGAGCCGAAAGCCAAGAAGGGCGCGAAGCUUGAUCGAAAGCGGGAGGUGGAAAACCUGAAGCGCGCCUUGAAAUCCGCAACGGAGGCGCGCACAAGUGUGGAGGAACAGAUCGCAAAAAAGGAGAAGCACCUGGAAGAGUUGCAGACCACGGUGACCGACGCACAGCGUGAGGCAGGCAAGCUAGAGCAAAUGACCAGCGAUCUCGCAGCCAAUAUCGCAGUAACCAAUAUUGUCACGGAAAUCAACAAAACUAAGCUUGGCACACAUCGCGAAAUCAAAUCGGUGCCGCCAGAUGCACGUACUUCUGCCAAACAGUUACCUAAGUCAACAUGUAUGUAUUUGAUUUGGAGUAGUUCAUCAUAUCUGGCUUUUUCUGACGGUUGAAUGUGAUUUUACUCUAGGCUCCAUGGACGUAGAUAUCUUUCAUUCCUUGUGUCGUAUGUUCUGCGAAAAUAUGAAUGGCCCGCAAUCUAUGUUAUCUUACUUCUUGUUCUUUCUUGAUCUUUCUACAGCCGCACCUGAAGGGGAGCUCGAGAGAGAAACGGCGCUGCGGGAAAAAUUGGAGAGGCUAGUCGGACACUUCCGUGAACGCUAUCCUAAUCUCGAGAUUUUCCAUCCGCAGCUCUGGGCGAGUUUCUACGAAAAUUAG